GUAACUCCUAAGUCGAGGUGUUUUGCAAAGGCUUCGAGUUGUUGUGGUUGUAAAGAGGCGAUGCGAAAACCGCAUCAUGGAGCUUUGCCAAUGACGUCGGACGGCAUCUUCUGCUCACUAAUUAGCCCCGAACUUGGAUUUCUCCACGAAAAAUGGGAUAAGGUCGCCUUAACUAGCCCCAACCAACGAUUUCUUCACGACCAAUGGUGACAGCGGCUCAAGGGUGCCAUACCUACCUUAUGCAAGGUACAGAAUACCCUCCGAUACAGGCACUGCUCCGGUAUGAGGUCGCUAGCUCUGGAGCAGAGCAGCUUGCGCAGGGGAAAGCUCGUGGAGAUAUCCUUCCUUGACUGGAUUCUUGCUGAUGAAAUAUUCGUGGAGAAAAAGUAGUGCCAAGGAACGUCAAGCCACCACCCAACGGGCUGAUAACGUCCCCCGCACCACCUCCAAAGCACCAUUGUGCUGGAGGGACGCUGGCAACUCAGCCAAAGAUCUCUCUUUUCCCGCGCCCUCAUCCAAAGUCGAAGCCAAUUCAUCCUUCCAUUAUAUACCCAAAGAUUGAAACCAUCUGGCGAACCACAUCACGAACCUCACAAAGUUGGCUCUGAGCUGCCAACAUGUCUGCCGAAGACAAUGGGCAAGGCAGCAGAGACCUGUUAAUCCCCCGCGGAGACGACUUCAUCCCUUUCGAAAGGUCAGACGUUCGACGAUCCCGAGUUCAGGAGGCGCUGAAUCAGACGAAUGUCCUCGCCCCGAGCCAGUCUCUGACUCAAACCCCGCCUUCUGGACGCAGGGGAAUUGAGGAGUCUCUCACCACCGGCGAUACCACCACCGGCGGUAUCGCCGGUCAUGCCGCCGGCCCCAGCACGUCGACAGCGCCGUCGACGGCGGCGCAGACGCAGAGGGAUUCGGUUAGCGCCGGCCAACAGACUCUCACAACUGCCACCACUGCUGUCUCCAAUGAUACCAAGGCAACUGAAGACAACGCACAGGCGGACUUCUUGAUUUGCGCGGUGUUUCUGAUGUACGGUACAACGGCACCCAAAAAUUGUCGCCGUAUAUUCACGCGCGCUUGCGAUCUGAAACAACACAAUUGGCAAUCACAUGUCCACAUUAACGACCAACACCUUAUUAUCCAUGAGGAGGCCGCUGAACAACGCCGCAUGGGAGCCAUCGCCAGCCGACAUAACGCAAGGUCCAGAGCAUUGAAACCUUACCAAUCUAAAGCGACAAAAGUAGUUUUGGAAGAGUGUCCAACCUAUCGCCUUACUAUUGAGGGCUGGAAUCAUUUUGUCGCCAUCAUCAGCAUGCUCGAUCAAAGUCGACCUCGACCAGAAGAUGCGCACAGGAAUCACCGCAUCACGUGCAUCUCGAGCCUAUGGCGUUCGCUGUAUGGAAACGAUCGUCCCGGUUUCGGGAUGCAGAUCGGACCACCCCUUUUUGGCCACCCACCCGAUUACCUAGCGGGCAUUAGUGACGCAAACAGGGCUAUCCUAAACAGGAGCAUACGAAACGCCAUGAGAUUCUUACUCGAUCCCGAAGAAGAGAACUCCUCCACGUCAUUCAUCGACGACGAAAUCAACUUGACAGACCAGAGAAAUAACCCAACCUCGCAAACUCAACAAGUCGACCACUCUGAAGGAGCAGGGGCGAUCAACGAGCACCCGAGUAUUAGGGAUUUCGUCAACGGAUUGUCGGUGGAAGCAUGUGAUUACUAUCUUGCUGAAUUAGCUUCACUCAGCCCGCAGGGGACUGUAGAGGCAGACACAGUCGGUUGACGAACCCGCGCGGCGUGUAGGACAGGAAGACUGCAUGUAGACUUGGAAAGAUUGCAAAGGUGAAGAAUUUUCGGUUCAUCUGUUCGCUGAGAUUGGGAUAGCACUGGCAGAAGCACACAUUUACUUGCAAGCGGGAAAUCGUUUUGAAAGAGGAUAAGGUCACACCAGAGAUGGGAAUUUAGGAUGGCGUUUGAACGGGA